AUGCCUGGAUUAAGAAAUCUUGUUGGAGCGGUGGUUGGAUUGGCAGCAGUAGCAUCGGCUCUCCCAGCGCUACCGAGGCUUAAUGCGAGAGCGUUGAAGAUGUACGAGGUGAAGAGACAGGUUACCGCGACGGGUCUACCGGCUGAUUUGACGGAUGUGGAUAUUUUGCAAUUCGCCCUCACUCUCGAGAAUCUGGAAACGGCCUUCUACCAACAAGGAUUUGCCAAGUUCCCCGACUCGGACUUCACAGCUCUGGGUCUCACCACCCAAGACAUCGCCAAUUUGAAAAUGGUCGCCAUGACCGAAGCGACCCACGUUACGACUCUUAUGACAGCCAUUUCCGCCGCCGGCACUCAACCCGUCGCACCGUGUACUUACAACUUCGGCUUCACCACCGCCCAAAACAUGAUCGCUACCGCCAACGUCCUCGAAAACAUCGGCGUGAGCGCCUAUCUGGGUGCGGCGCCCCUCAUCAGCAGCAAAGCCGUGCUCACCGUCGCCGCCGAAAUCGUCACCGUCGAAUCCCGCCACCAAACAUUCAUCCGCACCGCGUCGAAAGUCUCGGCCGUCCCCUCCGCCUUCGACACUCCCCUCGGAAUCCGCAACGUCUUUUCCCUCGCUGCCCCUUUUAUUUCUUCCUGUCCGCAAGGCUCAAACUUGGCAGUCACGCCCUUCCCGGCCGUGACGCUCACAACGGCGAAUGAAGCGGUGACUCCGGGCUCCACCUUGCAGCUCACGACGACGGCGCAGGGGGCCACCGCCUGUGCGUUUACGAAUGGUGGACAGACGGGCGGAACGGCCUUCACGCCUUUUGCGAAUGGCGCGUGUACGGUGCCGCAGGGCUUGGCGGGCGAUGCGUAUCUGAAUUUGGCGAGUCAGAUGCCGGCGACUGGGGUGUUGACGGAUGAUAUUACGGUGGCGGGACCGUUAGUUUUGGCGAUUUCGUAG